GGAGCGGAGCCGACGCGCCUGUCCCGGGUGGGGGCGGGACGAGCGCUGCGAACCUGGGAAGCCUGUCUGACCGCGCAGUUGGCACUGCCGGGUCUGGGGCGGGCCCAGAAGAGGACCCCCAGCCGCGCUCCCGAUGGGGCUGUGCUUUCCCUGUCCGGGGGAGACCGCGCCUCCCUCGCCGGACCUGGAAGAGAAAAGAGCAAAGCUCGCAGAGGCUGCAGAGAGAAGACAGAAAGAGGCUGCAUCUCGGGGCAUUCUGGAUGUUCGGUCUGUGGAAGAAAAGAGAAAGAAAAAGGAAAAACUAGAAAAACAAAUGGCUGAAUCCAGGCCCCCACCAGAAGGUGGACUUAGGUGGACAGUUUCAUAAGCAUAACAUGGGUGGAAAAGUCUAUUGCCAAUAACGAAUAUCUGCAAUCAAGUGGACGUCCUCAGCUUACUUUCUUCUCUUUGAAUAAAUCAAGAUUCAGACUUUGCAAUUUUAGUGCCAUUAAAUGCAGUCAGUACUUUUCAAUAUUGAUAUACUGAAAAUGCUUUUGAUGUUCAAAUUUAGAAAAUGCCAGACCUUUCAUUAAAUACUUAUUUUCUUAUAAUUGCUCUUCUGCAGACAGUAGGCGAUUUGCCCUUAUUUAGUAGUUAAAACAGGGACCUAAAUAGUGAAUAAAUAUAUAUCGCAUGUAAAAAGUCUGCCUACACCUCAGACAUUAAAGUUUGCUAUUGUAUUUUCUCUCCUUUAUAAAAUGACCUUGCAAUCUAUAGUUUUCUGCUUAAUCUUGUAUCUCUUUUUAUUUCAUUAUUUAUGAAGGCUUUUGCUUAAACAUAUGGACUUCGUGCCUUUAAACAGUUCAUCAGGGAAAAUUUUGAAAAAUCAUUUGAAGGGCUUAUGUGAAGGAACACUAUAAAUUUUUAUAACUUACUAAGUAAUAUUUGUAGAAAAUUAUGAAUUUCUCCUAAUUUAUUUUCUAUUUCUGUGGCUUAUAAAAUUAAUAUAUGGUGUUUUACAUUGCAAUAAAGUGUUUUUUUGCUUGCUGAAUUUAAAAUUAUAUAUUAGUAGUGCCAUCAGAGGGCAGUGAUGGACUAUUCUGCAAUAUCAGAUUCAGCUCUAAAGAUCUUUGUGGUAACUGAGUGAGUUAAACUAAGAAUCUGGAUGGGCUAUACUGAGUAGCAAUAUAUUUUUCCAAAUUUCACAGAUGUUUUUAUUCUUUAGUAUUUAUUAAAGAAUGAUCAUAAGAUUUGUACAGAUGUGAAAUUGCCAAUACAAACAUGAAUGUAUGAAAUAGAAACAUGUCAGUACUGUAUUUUAAAAGGUCUACUUUAAGCAUAAAAUACUAUGAGGUUAAUUCUGUGGGAUUCAGAGUCAUAAAAUUUUCACGUUUGUGUUUAUUAGAAACAUGAGUUUAUAGUAUUUCUGUUUUUUGAGUUUUCCUUCCUUGUGUAUAAUAAGCUAAAAUACAAGAAUUUCUCUAUCUUUUAAUUUGUUUGCUCUUUUGGAUGACAGGGCCACAAUCCGAGCCCUAAAUUAAAAUUCAUAUAUAGUAAGUACCAAUAGGGAUUAUAAAUGAAAUAGACCAGCUCAUUGAUCUACAGAAAGAAUCUGAGCCGUUAUUGUGCUCAUCCCUCCCACAAGGCUCACAUUAUAUAGCAGUAUAUUGUAUAUGUUAAUUUUAAAGAGAUCGAACUAUGGUGUAAGUCUCUUGACUCUUGUUUGGAAAAAUUACUUUUUCUAUUAUGUAUAGAAUAGUUUGUGAAUAUCCAGUCAAGACAUAUAUUUAAACAGGCUCAAUUUUCUUCAUCCUUUAGAAUAUUAGUGGUACUUUUGUUCACAAAGGAUAGUGAAAUCAUUAAACUUUAUUUUAGAAAUAAAAUUCUUGACUUUAUGAACAUGAUUGAUUUUUCCAAGGCAGAAAGGAAGAAAGAUCCUCAAUAACUGAAUAUAGAACCAAAUCAUAUUAUCCUUGAACUGUGCAAAUCCUUCAUUCUGCUUUAAUAUAUAAAGAACAAUUUUAUCUGUACUACCUUAAGAAUUACAAUUUGGGUUGGUGUAAACAAAGGUUUAUAUCCAGGGGAUAAUGCCCUAUUUCUAAUAGAGUUUAUAUCCAAAUAGCAUGUUUAUUUACUUUUGAACCAUGAA